GCCGGAGCGGCGCAAGAUGGAGGCCGGCGCUAGCGGCGGGGAGCCGCUCCCAAGGCUCAGGCGCCCUUUGAGGCGAGGGGCAGAGCCCCGCGACCCGCCACUGCCGCAGCCGCCUUUGGGCGGCGGCGGGACGGCCGAAGAGUCUACAGCUGUAGAGAAGAAGAGGAAGCCUCUUAGCAGACUGAAUAUUCAUUCUGCAUUCUGGAUUUUGGCAUCGAUUGCUGUGACAUACUACUUUGAUUUUUUUAAAACUGUUAAAGAAACUGCUCAAGCAGAUAGCUGGUGGUUUGCCUCUGGCAGUUGUUUAUUGGCUGUGUGUUUAUCUGUUGCCUUUUACUGCAUACUCUAUCUUGAGUGGUAUUGUGGAAUUGAGGACUAUGAUGCACAGUAUCCAGCAUUGAUACCUAUCACAACAGCUACCUUUAUUGCAGCAGCAAUUUGUUUCAACAUUGCCUUGUGGCCUGUCUGGUCAUUCAUGACACCUUUGUUGCUCUUCAUUCAGUUUAUGGGUGUUGUGAUGCUUGUGUCACUCCUGGGAUAAGUCCUUCAGCUUCCUGUGAAGGACUCAAGUAACUUUUAUCCUUCAAAGUAGAUGUCACUUCUGUUACAUUCCAGUACUUUUAUUAUUUCUAAUACUGCUUGUUUGCUCUAACUGAUACCAUUAUUCUUAUACUACCCGAUUUAUAAAUCGAAUGGACAUUUGGUAGCUGCGGAAAAGCAACUGAUUAGUGAAUAAUUGAAAAAUACAUGGUUUUUACUCCUUUUAGUAACAUAAAACAUUUAAUUACUGCUUUCUAAAGCUUUUAGUCAUGUUUUGGUAUUAAGCAGAUGGGUAAUAAGUCAGUUAUAUAGUCCUAAAUCCUAUUUUGGGACUCCAGAGGUCACCUAGUUCAAUUUCCUGCUCAAAGCAGGUUGGUUUGAAGGUGAUUAAUGCUUAAUUCAAGUGUUGUGGGUUUUUAAAACUAUGUUCUUUCCAUUUGAAUUGACAGCUAAAAUAUUGUUAUCUGGAUUCUGUGUUUGUACUUGUAAACUUACUCAUAGAUCACACAGGAGACAUUUCUUGAUCUGUUAAAUUUCUAAUAUUAUGUGUGUUAUCAUGUAGGAAAUAUUUUAUUACCUAAUCUCUUGACUUCAGAUCUGCUACUGUUUGAAAAAAGAUAGGGAUCAGAGUCAGGGCCUAGAAAACUGGUUGACGUUUACAUCACUGUUAAUUUGGCAGUGCCAUCAAUGAAAGAAAUAAAUUCUACUUGUGCUGAUAUAGUUUGUCCACAGCCAAAGAUAGAUGAUCAAGCUGUGAAUAACAACUGUAUGAACCAUAUUAACACUACACAAGAAAUCAAGAGCACAAAGUAAAUUCUUUUGAUAUAUGCACUAUUUUUCAGUAUUCAGGAUGUUAUUCUGUAAAUUAACUUUUCAUUCUCAGCAGUGCCUGUUAAUGAAGUUGCCAUUUUUCUUCCUCAGCAAUAAAGAGGCUGAUACUAACUUAAAUGCCAUUAGUCAUACACAGUUGGGAAAAUAAAAUAACUUUGUAUGUCUGUUCACUUUGUCUGAGAUGCCUAAGUAUCUGGAAACCUCUGCAGCGUCUAGUUGAUAGACCAUUUUAUAUAGAUCCUUGUGUUAAAUACUUUCACACCCAGACCUUUUGGAAGAUAGGAGAAUGUAGAAGCUGGGUAUUGCAACUUGUUAAAAUUUACUCCUUGUGACUAUUGCUUGAAGUCUGGGCUGUUAGAGGAGAGUGUUUUCUUCAUUCUGACUUUCAAAUUCACACAAUUGCUGAGUACACAAUACAUGGAAUGUUUAGUAAUGAAAAAGGAAGACGUUGUCUUAAACCGCUACAGUUUCAUUAAGGAAAAAUGUUGCUGUUGGUAUGCAAUACAAAGGAUCAGUCAAAUGAAAAUAAAAUACAUUUAGCACUACUGUUAAGUAGCUUGUAGAGUAAGUUAACAGCUUGAUUUGUUUAAAUGUAAUAUUUAAGUUUUCCAAAACCAGUUGCUCUUCACAUCCUUAAAGGGCAAGUUGCUUAUCUUCGGGUCUUCAUCUUUUACCAAAUUUUAACAAUUUUGCAUCUGCAUACAGAGGUACAUUUGAGUAACUUUGUUUAUUAUAUUUAAAUGCACUGUUGCUCAGGGAUGGUAAUUAUCACUGUAUUUUUAUUUGUCAACUAUAUAAAUGCUCUAGGUGUUUUCAGUUGCCUUGUACUGUAGAAUUAAAAUUUGCUACAUGUUUUUUCAGAUUUAUUCUUCUGGACAUCUUAAUAAACUUUGUACAAAAAUGA